UUUUUUCUUUUCUCGCCGUCGUUAGAGAAGCUAUGGAGAGCGACUGUACGGAUUAACGUGCCUUCAACGCACAGACACCGAGUUUACAACAUUUUAAGGAGGAUAACGCUUGUUUUUCUGGGACCUUAAUGGCAAGUUAGCCUGUUUCGCGUGCCAUGUGGGAGUGAACCGUCCCAGGAGGUGCCAUGUUAGCCACACAGACGCCAGAGAUGCCACCUGAGGCUAAAGAUGUCAAACAGAUUAAGGAGAAGUUGGCUCAGUCCCUCAAGGCCCUGCAGAAACGAUACGUGACGUCGGACGCGGUGGUCACCAGUGAAGAUGGAGACGCUAACCUCCUCUGCUGCGCCCUGGAGGCCAUCUUCAUCCACGGGAUCAAGACCAAGUUCAUCCGCUCAGAGGCCGGAGGUCGAAACAGGAAAGGGGACAGAGGAGGCCUCCCUCAGCCUUUUUUCUGGAGCCUCCUCAAGACCGUCACGCACCGUGACGUGAUCACCGAGCUGGAGAAGAUCAGCUUCGUGGGCACCGACGUGGGUCGCUGCCGGGCCUGGCUGCGUCUCGCCCUCAACCACGGCCUCCUCGAGUGCUACCUGGCGUCGCUGUUCCGGGAAGACUCCAAGCUGAGGGCCCACUACCAGCCCAGUGCCUUGCUCCUGAACGCUGAGGAGCGAGAGGUCCUGCUCAGCUACCUCCAGGGUCUGGCCUCGCUCACCUUCAGCCUGUCUUACAAGUCGGCCGUCCUCAACGAAUGGACCACCACGCCUCUGGCCCUGGCCGGACUCUGCCCACUGGCCCAGGCCGACCACCUGGACCUGCCCCUCAACGGAGGAGACCAUCCCACCUCCAGGCCCAUCUGUAAGGAGCUCUGGGACACGGCGUCUCAGUCGUCGGGCUCGUCGGACGCGUUGGAUGUGCAGAGAGGCUGCCCUGUGUCACUGGGGAGGGGCUCCGGUGUGCUUCAGUCAGGCAGGACUGCGAUGCACUCGUCUAAUUUAAGCCUGGACACCACCGGUUCCUCUCAGCUGUCCUCCAGCCUCAGCUCCGAUAGUCUUCUGCAGGGGCAGGACCCUCGCAGCCCGACAGGGGAGCAGUGGUCUUCAUGUGACCUGGACACACCCAUUAACGUCAGCACCAAGAGGCCACAGAAAGACUUGCUGACUGAUUUCCGGGAGAGCGGCCACUGCAGCCAAGACUCCAUGCGUGAAGACUCGUUUGUCUCCAGCACCGGCCCCGACCAGUUCUCAGAAAACGCCAUUUUCAGCGGCUCCGACAGCGAGAUCCAGGGUCCCGCCACACCGUCCCAAGACCCCGCGGACCUGCUCCUAAGUUCAGAUUCAGAGCCUCAGCCGACAACGCCCGAGCUGCUGUCAUCUGACGAGCCUCCUGAAGUCUGCAACAGCGCCUCCCCUGAGCCGCCCCCAGACAUGCUGUCCUCGGUCGGCGAACCUGCGGAGGAAAUGCCCGCCACCGGUGUUCAGGAGAGCAGCGAGCCAAUCCAGGAAGAGAAGCAAGCUGAGAAGAACAGCUCAGAAGCUCCAGCACAUCAAGCUGCACGGCGCUCUACAAGCAUCCUGAGCAGGGAGCUGUCCUCAGACUCACUGUCUCACUCGCACUCGUGGAUCUCCGAGGACGACAUCUACAAGCCUCACCUGGAGGAGGUUUCCGACAGCGACGAAGCGCCUCCCGCUGCUCCCGCGGCCGAGAUCAAGGCCUCCCAGUCGCCUCCCAGCGUGGUCCAUCGCAGGCAGAUAGGUCUGUCCAACCCUUUCCGAGGGCUGCUGAAGCUCGGCCACCUGGAGCGGCGAGGCGCGAUGGGAAUAUGGCGCGACUAUUACUGCGAGCUGUCGCCCUUCGAGUUCCGGCUUUACCUCAACGCCGAGGAGAGGACGUGCCAAGAGAACUGCUCGCUGCUGCGCUGCGAGGACGCUCGCAUCACCUCGUCCGAGGGCCGCUUCGAGUUGGCGUUUCCCGGGAAGCGAGUUUACCUCAGAGCAGCGAAUCGAGGCGAAGCCGAGGACUGGGUGGACCGGAUCAUGGAGGCCGUCAACAAGUGCCGACCAGCAGCAUCUCGAAUAGAUGAGCAGUGGGAGGUUCUGCAGCCCUCUGGUGAGAACGGGGUGGACGAUCGCCUGGUUUCUUCUCCGUCCUCGGCUCCCUCCAGCCCCGAGAGAAGCUUGACUUCCUCCGACAUGAACGGAGGACCGGAGGCGCCUCCUCUGCAGGAGUUCGACUGGACUCGGACUGCCGAUUUGGAAACAGAUGCCAUCAAAGAGGCAGUUUUGUACUUCUCUACAGAUCCCGAGGCUCGCACGUGGUCACCUCUGGUCUUCUCUCUGUCCUUGGAGGCCUUAAAAGGUUUCCGGGUUCAAGAUGGAAGGAAGCUGUUGCGUCUGACGCACCCCAUCGAGGGCAUCCGAGACGUAGUUCCCGACGUCUCCCUGGGAGGACCGGCCUUCUUCAAGCUCCUGACCGUCAGGGAGACGCUCAGACUUCGGGCGGAGAACACAGAGGAGGCUCGGUCCUGGAGGGCUUUGAUCCGAGGAGCUCUGGACUCGUACCUGGAGAGCGGGGAGGACGGACCGGCUGAAGCACAUCCAGGAAUGUCUGGAAACCUCCACAGACUGGUGCAGCACAGACUGAAGGAGGACGGAGCUCUCCUGGUUCAUCUUUGCACGGUUCCCUCAGAGAAAGGACUGGACACGCAGAACUUCAAAUGUGCAGGUUGUCCUCAGCAGAUCGGCCCGUCGCUGGGCAGGUCCAGGCUGUGCGAGUUCUCGGGCCAGUACUACUGCGAGUCCUGCCACGGCGGGGAAACCUCCGUCAUCCCGUCUCGCAUGGUGCACAACUGGGACCUCACGCAGCGAGAGGUGUCUAAAAAGGCCAUCCAGCUGUUGGAUCAGGUCCAGCAGGAGCCUCUGCUCAACCUGGAGCAGCUGAACCCGGAGCUGGUGAAGCACUCGGAGUGCAUGGCUCAGAUCCACAGUCUGAGGGAGAGGCUCCGUCUGCUGGGCGACUACCUGCUCACCUGUCGCAGCGGCGCCUGCAAGAGUCUGCAGGCCAGGAUGGGCCAGAGGACCUACCUGAUGGAGUCCAGCCACCUGUACAGCGUCAUGGACCUGCGACAGAUAGCGGAGGGCCAGUACGCCGCCUUCCUGCUCACGCUGCUGGACUACGCCUCCAACCACGUGUUCCACUGCGACCUCUGCACCCAGCGAGGCUUCAUCUGUCAGAUCUGCCACUCCAGCGACAUCAUCUUCCCCUUCCAGUUCGGCAGCACCACCAGGUGUAAAGACUGCAAAGCUGUGUUCCAUCUGUCCUGUAAGACGGCCGGCCUCCCCUGUCCUCGCUGCCAGCGGAUGAAGAGAUACCUGGAGAGGGACCUGCAGGACUGAGCCGGCCUCCAGCAGAAACACCGUUUAGCUUUUUCACAUGAAGUCUAACCUCAAGUGCAAUUAGGAGCGUUUAAAAACCUGCAGGAGGCUGCAGCAGCUUCGCUCUGUAACGAGACGCACGGCGGCCAAAUGUUACUGACUUUAAUACCUCCGAGUUCUGAUUCAGCCACGGCAUCCAGACGUCUUCAUGCUCCUCUUCUUCUUCACGUUUACCUGAAGCGCCUGACGUUACAGUCAGGAGUCGGCCGUGUUUCCAUGAAGCGUUUUCAUGCACGUUUAGAAGCUUCUGCUCUGUUUCUAGAAGGAGUUAAUGCUCUUUCAUGGCUGAUGGAAACAACCGUCUAACAUCAUGUCUGACAUCAGGUCGUUGUUUUCCGCUGACGUGAAACAAAAAUCCCAACUUUUCUGAUGGAGAAUAAUUCCACAACAUCAGAUUUCUCUCAUAGUUGCCAAAGUUCUUUUUUUGUUUUUCUUCUUCUUUUGUGUUUUUUUUCCUCCAUCUUCCUCUGCACGUAGCCCACAGCGCCACCUUCAGACGACACUACGCAGCCGAGUUUAUUCACUCCGAAGACGAUUCGCUUCAAAUUUUCAUGAGAGUUUCAUGGAAACGCGGCUCGCGGCGGAGAGAGUUUUGCGUAACGUUCCUGCAAAAAAAAAGAAAAGAAAGAAAUACUGAGAACAGCACUUGAAAUGUUGGACUUAGCAGAUUCCUUAAUCGUGCCUUCUGUUUACUUUGAGCUUUACACGAGUUCCUCUGCACGCGUCUCUACCGCAGGACAAGAAACGACACGGAUGCAUCAGACUUAGUGUAAAUAUGAAGACUUUGUGGAAUGUUUCUCUUUGUACGUGUUUUUUUUUAAAAGGCGUGAUUCAGAGCUUCAGAGAAUAAAUAAUGUUUGCUGCUUGUGUGCCGAGUCACACUGACAUUAAAUCAUUAACUGAAGGAAAUUAAUAAUGAUCCUGUGGCUUAAAGAAGAUUUUUUUUUGAGGGGAAUUUAUUGCAUCUCACAGCGGUUCUGAAGUCACGACUUAUUUUGCACAUUUGCACUCAGCGACGACUGUUAAAAGACACAAACGAGCCCCGACGCUAACGAAGCCACGUUCAGUUUCCAUCUUUCUCCAUUUUUAUUUUCAUUUUCAGUUAGUUCAACUAACAAGAUUGUUUUUUUUUAUUUAGCAGAAUCUACAGAGAAUAAAAAUCCUCUACGAGUUGGUUUUGAUAUAAGUGCAGAACAUAUCACGUCAGAAUCCUGCAGAGCUGUUGCUCCUGGUUUGUAUUUAUUUCAUGUCAUUGUGUACGAUGUGUAUUGAAAUAAAUGUGGGCGUGUUGCA